AUGAAAAUCCUUAGCUGGAAUGUGCGUGGUCUGGGGAAUCCUAGCGCAUUCAGACAACUUCAUUUGCUUGUUAAGCAGCAAACUCCUCAUGUAUUAUUUAUUAUGGAAACUAAAUUAGUAUGUAAUGUAGUUACUCGUUUUCGUCAAGCUUUACGUUUUCCUAAUGGGCUAGAAGUUCCUAGGGUGGGGUUAAGUGGGGGUUUGCUUUUGUUAUGGAAAGACAAUGUAGAUGUAACUCUUCUUAAUUAUAAUAUAAAUAUAUUUGACUGCUACAUGAAGUGUGAUAAUGGGCCAUCUUGGCAUUUCUCUGCUUUUUACGGCGCUCCUGAAACUCACAAUCGAAUUCACACCUGGAAACUCCUUGAGAGAUGUAAGGAUGUCGCUCCCUUGAUGCCUUGGCUAGUGAUUGGCGAUUUCAAUGAAAUUCUUUCAAACCAAAAUAAGCUUGGUGGGGCUUUACGAUGUGAACAACAAAUGGACAAAUUUAGAUCAGUUUUGGACAUAUGUUACCUUUAUGAGCAACCUUUUGACGGAUAUCCUUUCACUUGGAUUAAAGGGCGUCACAAUGUCAAUGCAAUAAAAGAAAGGCUUGAUUGGUGUUUCGUAAAUGAUCAAUGGGGUAACUCUUUUCAACCGAUUUUAACCAAGCAUCUGGACUAUUAUAAAUCAGAUUAUAGAGCAAUAUCAGUUGAAGUUGUUCCUUUGGCAGACCAACAACCUGAAGUUAAGAGGCUGUCACGGUUCAGAUUUGAAAAAAUAUGGCUGUCCGAUUCUGCAACAACUGAUAUCACCCAUCAGACUUGGAAAAAAAGUUUGCAAGAAGCUUUGCAGCAGGUUUUACAUGCUAUUCCCACUACUGUUACAGCUGAAAUGAAUUACUCGCUGCUACGUCCUUUUUCAGACAAAGAAGUACUAGAUGCUCUUCACUCAAUGAGUCCUGACAAAAGCCCUGGCAGUGAUGGUAUGUCUGCCAUGUUUUAUCAACAUUAUUGGGAUCAUGUCGGCACCGAUUUUACUGCUGUUGUCCUUGGAGUUUUGAAUGAGGGUCAUGAUAUGAGCAGAAUAAAUAAAUCAAUCAUAACUCUCAUCCCAAAGAUCAAGAAACCGAAAGCCAUGGGGGAUUAUAGACCUAUUAGUCUUUGUAAUGUGAUCUACAAGUUGAUUUGCAAAGUGAUAGUGCUACGGUUUAAAGAUGUUCUACCUUUGGUGAUAUCUGAAAAUCAGAGUGCUUUCCUCCCAAACCGUCUGAUCACUGACAACGUUCUUGUUGCUUUUGAAUUGGUUCAUCACCUCAAACACAAGACUCAAGGAAAUAAAGGUUUUUCGGCGCUCAAGCUUGAUAUGAGCAAUGCUUUUGAUAGAGUUGAAUGGGAUUAUUUGUCUGCGGUAAUGGAAAAAAUGGGUUUUGCUCACCAAUGGACCUCUCUCAUUAUGCGGUGUUUAUCAUCCAAUAGCUUUUCAUUUCAGCUAAAUGGAGAAAUUGUGGGCAAUGUCUGGCCAACAAGAGGACUUCGUCAAGGUGAUCCACUGUCACCUUACCUCUUUUUAAUUUGUUCAGAAAGCCUCUCACGGCUACUACACCAUGAAGAGCAUAUGGGGAAUUUGUUGGGAUUAAAGUUCACAAGGCAAGCUCCGUCGGUAUCUCACUUGUUAUUUGCUGAUGAUAGUCUCCUUUUCUGCCAUGCAAAUUAG